AUGGCUGCAAGUGAGAAGCAGCUCGCACUGGAAGAUACUAAGCCUGACUUGGAACCCUCUUCAAGGGGGGAUCAUCUUGCCUUCGCCGAAUUAUUGGUGGAUGUUGAAAAACGUAUCGCAGAAAGCUGGUUGAAGUUGGCAGAGGUCGGCAAGAAGAGAACCACAGUUGCGGCGGUGCCUCGUGCUAGCGUUGCUGCUCCUAGAACUACGAUGAAGUGUCCACAAGAACUUCAAUGCGAUAUCUCUUUGAACGUGCCCAGGUAUUUUGCAAUUGAACUGCCGAAGUUCGAAUGGGAGUUCGGUUAUGGUGGUCAGCGAAAAAUUGCUAUUACUACUCUGGCUGAGGUGGUGCAUGUGGGUGUUGGGAAGGAGAAGCGCAUAUCAUAUAUGUUCACUGAAACACAAGUAGAAGAGCACGUGGCGGCGAUCCUGGAUAAGAAGAAGAGGAAAAUGGAGGAGAUGAAACGAAAGGACGGGGAUAAAAUUGCUUAUAACGUCAAGGACUAUCACCAUCCCGUUGCACGUUAUGCGUUACUUCUUGUACGAGUAUGUGGUGGCUCGGGAGAGGCGACGACUGAGGCGGCAUGGGAGAAGUUUGUGCAGGGAGAAGAGAAUCUUGCGAAGACGUUGUACGUAAUAUUAGCAGCUUAUGAGGAGGCGGAGUUGGCUCUUGGUAUGAACUUGAGUUGGGCUUAUGUGUUCCUUGUUGGUGAAGGUGGUUUACUCGAGAGGGAGUAG